AUCGGAAUCAGCUAGUUCAGGUGCUUCCAAACCUCUUCCUGGUAGGUUAUUGUCCAGAUGUUAACCAACUUUUAUUCUUUGCACGUGUAACACAGAAUUUGAGGACAUGUCCCCGCAGGUAAUAUGGAUCGAAAAACAAAACCCGGAAGAAGCAAAUUUCCCGAAAGAUCGUUGAUGAUCUCAUACGCUCAAUGCCUCAGGUUAUGAACGCAAACAGAACAGACUAGGGUUCUCGGGCAUUGAGUGUGCUCUGUUCUCACCCAGUCACUGCACUUCGAUAAGACAAAAUCUCAUCGCCGCGGCGUCGGUGAUUAGCUAAGCUGCGGAGUCGCUGACAAUUCAACACGGCAAAUACGGUAAUGUAUCAAAUUCGAAUGCCCGAGCCUGGGAUUCCGGAUGCUAUUUCAAGGGUGGGGUUCGCACAUAGGCCUCUGGUGUUGUACUAGAUGAGUCAAGACAGGUGAAAAUAAUUCUUACAUCAACCAAGGCCAGUCAUGAAACCAACACUUUUGAUCAUCGGAGCUGGUUCCAGAGUUGGCCAAGCGACUGCGGAUACCUUUGCGGCCGCUGGAUACACCAUCGCCGUAGCCUCGCGGUCAGGAAAGAUCGGAUCCAAGUACAAGCAUUUCACCUUCGAUGCGUCCAAGCCCGAGACUGUACGGGACCUAUUCAGCGAGGUCCGGAGAACUACCGGCAUCCCAAGUGUCGUGAUUUACAAUGCUUAUUCGGCUCAUAUCACCCGCCCAGAGACACCAUUCGAAAGUCCAAUCGACGAGUUUCAGGCUGACAUGGACGUCAAUGCUACCAGCGUUUGGGUGGCAGCUGGGGAAACUGUGAAGUGCUUCGAGGAUCUUGGUCUCGACGCCCUGGGAACGACGGGCGGGACUUUCAUCUUCACUGGAAACUUGCUCAACCUGGCCGCGGCUCCUGGUUUCCUAACGUUCGGCAUGGGCAAAAGCGCGGCUGCACAUUUGAUUCAACAUCUUGCCCUGGUGGCUUACCCAGGGAAGCCAUACAAAUUCUACUAUGGCGAUCAGCGACAUGCCGAUGGAUCGCCAAUGCCCACGGGUCUCAGUGGUCUUGCCCAUGCGGAGACGUACCUACAGCUAGCGAAGGAUCCUGAGCAAAAGCCAUGGCUACAUACUUUCGUAGAGGGCCAGGGAUAUGCCGAGUUUCCCCGUCAAGAGGUCUGGGUCCCCGGCUCAUGAGCAAGUUUGAUGGUCGCAAGGCUGUGUUUCCCUAUUUUAAAGGCUUGAUGCUGGCUUCAAUUGAAUGUGGCAACCAAGCACUCGUCCAUCGUCGAACGAGGUGCAGAACACGUGUGAAGACGUCCAAAAGCGCAAGCGUACUUGAUGGGGUCGAUAGUGGCCAUGAAAAUACCAUGGGCAUCGCCAUAUCGCUGUCCAGUGAUGAAAUGAGCUGC